CCUGUACCUCGAUGACAGCUGUUUCUCCUAGCCCCCCUUGAGGUCCUCGUGGGUCUCCUUGCCCCUCCCUGCCCCCCGCUCCUACUCCGAGCUUUUGAUUCUCCCUCCUCCCCUCCCCUCUCCCUUGCUUCGCAUUUAUCCCGGGUUCCCCUUUUCCCCUUGCGCUCCUUUCCCACCCUUCCCCCAGCUCCUCGGGCUCAUCUCUCUGCCCUCCCUUUCCCCCCCUCCAUGCUCCCCUCGAUAUUUUCCCUAUCCUUAAUUGAGCUCCUUACCCCGUUGCCGUGCCCCUCCCUUUCCCCGAUCCCCUGCGCCCCUCUCCCGGCCUCCUCCCUCUUCCCCCGCUCCUCGAGCUAGCUCUUUCCCCCACUUCCCCGCCCCUCGCUCUCCCUACACCUCCUUCCCCGCACCCGAACCGUUUCUCCGCUGCACCAGCCCCUCUUUUCCCGGCUGCGCCCCUCUCGCACUGCUCUCCCUGGAGCUCCUGCUGCGCCCCCUCAUCUGAGCGCACUUUCGGCUGCUUCCCCUCUGCCCGCUUUCCCCAGUGGGCGCACUUCCUUUCCCACAUCCCGGGCUCCGCGGGGCACUCCCUUUCCCUUCCCCGCAUCCCGGGCUCCGCGUCUGGGCUGCCCUUCCUUCCCCUCAUCCUGGUCUCCGCGCGCUGCUCUUUUUCCUUUCCGGGCUCCGCGCCCAUACUCCCGCUCCCGCAUCCCGGGGUCUGUGCUCCCGCUCCCCGGGGUCUGUGCUCCCUCUCGCGCAUCCCGGGGUCUGUGCUCCCUCUCGCGCAUCCCGGGGUCUGUGCUCCCUCUCGCGCAUCCCGGGGUCUGUGCUCCCUCUCGCGCAUCCCGGGGUCUGUGCUCCCUCUCCCGCAUCCCGGGCUCCGCUCCCGCGCUCCCUUUCCCAGACGCCGGGCGCCGCGCCGGCCUCCCUGCCCUCUUUCCCACAGUCUCGCAGGCGCUCCCUCGCCCACUCCGCGUCGCGGGCCACCCUCCCCCGAGCCUCUCCCCCCCCCAGCCCCCGCCGAGUCCCUUGAGUCCCGCUCCCUCGGGCCGUCCCAGGGGUGGGGAUGGGGCUGGAGAUGGGCAUGGGCAGGGAGGGGCGUCCGGCCCCGGGCCGCGCAUGCGCUUUCCCAUCCCCAGCUGGCGGGUGUGGGGGACGAUCGCCUGUCAGUGGAGCUCUGGCAGCUCGUGCACUGACGCCGGUGGCUCCGGAGCAGCCGCGCCACGAGGGGACCGUGGAAGCUUCUCAGCUUCUCUCCAGCCACGGGGCGGAGUGGGGGUCGGGGCUGGGGCCGGAGGAAGUCCCCCCUCCGUCCCCGUCCCCUUCCCCGUCCCCGUCCCCGUCCCCGUCCCGGUCUCCGUCCCCUUCCCUACCCCCUGGAUCCCCCCUUUCAUGGGCCGCCAUCAUGGCGGCUCUGUACCAGAGCUCGGACCUCUCGGGCUCCUCCGAGUCCUCCUCCCCGACCAGGCUCCUGGCUCUGAAGGACGUGCGGGAGGUGAAGGAGGACACCACACUAGAUGAGAAGCUCUUCCUGCUGGCCUGCGACAAGGGUGACUAUUAUAUGGUUAAAAAGCUCUUGGAAGAAAACAGUGCAGGUGACAUGAACAUAAAUUGCGUAGAUGUGCUUGGAAGGAAUGCUGUUACCAUAACUAUUGAAAAUGAAAACUUGGAUAUUCUACAACUUCUUUUGGACUACGGUUGUCAGUCCACAGAUGCACUUUUGGUGGCUAUCGACUCUGAAGUAGUGGGAGCUGUUGAUAUCCUACUUAAUCAUCGACCAAAACGAUCAUCAAGACCAAGUAUAGUAAAACUAAUGGAGCGAAUUCAGAACCCUGAGUAUUCAACAACUAUGGAUGUUGCUCCAGUCAUUUUAGCUGCUCAUCGUAACAACUAUGAAAUUCUUACAAUGCUUUUAAAACAGGAUGUAUCUCUACCCAAACCCCAUGCAGUGGGUUGUGAAUGCACACUAUGCUCUGCAAAAAACAAGAAGGACAGUCUAAGACAUUCCAGGUUUCGACUUGAUAUCUAUCGUUGUUUAGCCAGUCCAGCCCUAAUCAUGUUAACAGAAGAAGAUCCAAUUUUAAGAGCAUUUGAACUUAGUGCAGACUUAAAAGAGCUAAGUCUUGUGGAGGUGGAAUUCAGGAAUGAUUAUGAAGAACUAGCUCAGCAAUGCAAAAUGUUUGCCAAAGAUUUGCUUGCCCAGGCACGGAAUUCACGGGAGCUAGAAGUCAUCCUAAAUCAUACAUCUAGUGAUGAGCCUUUGGAUAAACGGGGACUUUUAGAAGAAAGAAUGAAUUUAAGUCGUUUAAAACUUGCUAUCAAAUAUAACCAAAAAGAGUUUGUUUCUCAAUCUAACUGUCAGCAGUUCCUCAAUACGGUUUGGUUUGGACAAAUGGCAGGUUACCGGCGUAAACACACCUGUAAGAAGAUUUUGACAGUUCUGACAGUUGGCAUCUUUUGGCCAGUCUUAUCACUCUGUUAUUUAAUAGCUCCCAAAUCUCAAGUUGGUCGAAUCAUCCACACCCCUUUUAUGAAAUUUAUUAUUCAUGGAGCUUCAUAUUUUACAUUCUUGUUGUUGCUUAAUUUGUACUCCCUGGUCUACAAUGAGGAUAAGAAAAACACCAUGGGACCAGCCCUUGAAAGGAUUGAUUAUCUUCUUAUUAUAUGGCUGAUUGGAAUGGUGUGGUCAGAUGUUAAAAGACUCUGGUAUGAUGGAUUGGAAGACUUUUUAGAAGAAUCUCGUAAUCAACUCAGUUUUGUCAUGAAUUCCCUUUAUUUGGCAACCUUUGCCCUCAAAGUUGUUGCUCAUAACAAGUUUCACGAUUCUGCUGAUCGAAAGGAUUGGGACGCAUUUCAUCCUACAUUAGUGGCAGAAGGUCUUUUUGCUUUUGCUAAUGUUCUGAGUUACCUCCGCCUCUUUUUUAUGUAUACGACAAGCUCCAUCUUGGGGCCAUUACAGAUUUCAAUGGGGCAAAUGUUGCAAGACUUUGGAAAAUUUCUUGGGAUGUUUCUCCUCGUCUUGUUUUCCUUCACAAUUGGACUGACCCAACUAUAUGACAAAGGCUAUACAGGUCCUCAAGAACAGAAGGACUGUGCUGGAAUCUUCUGUGAACAGCAAAGCAAUGACACAUUCCAUUCGUUUAUUGGCACUUGCUUUGCUUUGUUUUGGUAUAUUUUUUCUUUAGCACAUGUAGCAAUCUUUGUCACAAGAUUUAGCUACGGUGAAGAAUUACAGUCUUUUGUUGGAGCUGUUAUUGUUGGCACAUACAAUGUCGUGGUUGUUAUCGUUCUUACCAAAUUAUUAGUUGCCAUGCUUCAUAAAAGCUUUCAGCUGAUAGCAAACCAUGAAGACAAAGAAUGGAAAUUUGCCCGUGCUAAGUUGUGGCUUAGCUACUUUGAUGACAAAUGUACACUACCUCCGCCUUUCAAUAUUAUUCCUUCUCCCAAGACCAUUUGCUAUCUACUAAGUAGUCUCAGUAAGUGGAUUUGCUCUCAUACAUCAAAGGGCAAAGUCAAGCGGCAAAACAGUUUAAAGGAAUGGAGAAACCUGAAACAAAAAAGAGAUGAAAACUACCAAAAAGUGAUGUGUUGCUUAGUCCACCGUUAUUUAACUUCCAUGAGACAGAAGAUGCAAAGCACAGAUCAAGCAACUGUAGAAAAUCUCAAUGAAUUACGCCAAGAUCUAUCAAAAUUCCGAAAUGAAAUAAGGGACUUACUUGGCUUUCGGACUUCUAAAUAUGCUAUGUUUUACCCAAGAAAUUAACUUAUUUCUAUGCCAUGAAUAUUUAUAUAAUUUGCAACUAAAUUUAUUAAGGUAUGGGUUGGAAUGUAGAAAUAAUGUCAAAGCCAUUCUUUACAGACUUACAGGUUAAUUAUGUAUAUUAUAUGAAAUAUGUAUAUAGUUUUAAAAAUUUACUGAACAUGGAUUUUAGUAGGAGUAAUUUAGCAGACAGAAUUUUCUAACUUUUUGCUUUACUUUCUCAUUCUUGUUUUUUGGGGGGAGGGGAGAUAAUUGUGACAUAUCCGUUGUUCACAAGCUAUAUCAAAUACUUAAAAGUAAAUGUGGAUUGAUCUUACUCUGUGAGAUACAUAUGAAAUGUGGAAGUAUUGAUUUUAAGAAUGUAAAAAAUUAGCAUGAUAUAGCUGAGUUUAGUAUUCAUUUUUUAGGAAUUCAGCUUAUUUGGGCUAUUGUAAUCAUUUUCUUUAAUCUGGGGAAAGCUCCUAGAACUUUUAAAACUAAAACCAAAAAUUAAGGGUUUCGAGUGGUUUUCUUUUUAGUUACAAUAUAAUUUUUGUUUCUGUGAACAAAGAGAAUCUGCUUUUCCAACAAUAUUUAUUGCAGAGGCAUAUUUUAUAUUUGAACUAUCUUUGAUUUAUUGUGUUAAAUAUCAAAAUAUUUUAUGCAGUUUAACAUAGCUUCAACAAGUAUGACUUUGUGCGUAUUUGAAAAUUAUUCUUCCUGUUUAUAAUGGAAAAUGUUCUUUUCUUUUUUUGCUGAAGAGUAUAAUAUAUUUGGUUAUUUUGUGUUUUGUAGAGAAUAUAAUUAAUUUUUUUUAAUCUGUUGUACUCCUGCCAUAGAAUUGAAGGGUGGGAUUUCCGUUAAGUGGAAGUUAAACAUAAUCUUCUCACUUGAAUGUUAGUUAGUCUUAUGGACAUAGGGUGCAGGUAGCCUUAGGUCUAUAAGCAUUAUUGAUCCAGGGAUCACAAAAUAGAGGUUUUAGGUAUAAUAUGUUUUUUCUUUUUUUCUUUUUUAAUGGAAUUACUAAACUGUAAGUGCUCCCUCUUUGGGGUGAAUUCUUAUAAAAUAUUUAUUGUAAAAUUAUAUAUUUUGUCUACUAUAAAAUUAUGCACAUCCCAUUUGGGAUUUAAUAUCAGGAUUUUCAUUUAUUGCAAAAAUAAUAUAUAGUAAAAAAAAAAGAUACUUAUUGAGCACCUAGUGUGUGCAUGAAUUACUUAAGGGAGUAUAUUUUGAAUGAUAGCAUUGUAAGAAAAAAAUAAUAAAAUUUGACUUUGGAUUAUA